AUGAAUGCACUGGAUUCUGUCGACCUGAGUCUUGCCCAAGUAAGAGAUCUACAGGCGGUGUCCACUUUGGAACAGUUAAUGUCAAAGCUAUGUUUGCAUCACCAGCGCCAAAUAGUCGAAGCAUUAGGCUUCUUACAAAGUGAAGUCAAGACUGUGGCUGUUUCCAACCAUUUCCAAGCACUCACUCCAGAUUUGUCUGAGAAGCAGGCGACAACCGGCUACAGUCAUGCAUCGUUUGAAACCAGGGCUGAGAUUCAGCAGUCUGAGAGAUCAUGCGCUGUGGAUGCUGCUGUGAGCAUUAGUAAGACUCAAGAGUCAUCUGUCAGGACCAGUCAAAAGCCUACUGCAGAGGUUUUAAAGGCUGAUGUUUCCAGUACUGCCCGUGUAGUGACUGUAAAACAAGUAGACCUUGGCAAGAUGGAAGUUUUGUCAUCUUCAUCUUGUGGAACAGGUGUUAAGUGUGGAAAUGUAAGUCCUCCAACAAAAUUUCUGGUCAUGACAAAGACAACUACUGAUAAUCUGGGAGCAAAAAAAGUGUUGGGUUCAAGCAGUCAACAAAUUCCCAGUAGCAAUUCUGUAAAGAAGUGUCUAUGCAGUGCUGAGCGAUGUUUGCCAACUUGUACUGCGGAGAAUGAGCAUGCAGACCCGUUAGCACAGAAGUGCUCUUUUGCACAAAAUGAAGAUGCUGUUGUAAUGCCCUCCACAAUUCAAAAGACAUCGAAUGUUGUUUUACCAAUAUCCCCAAGAACAGCCAGGAAAAGCAGAAAAGGUUCUUGUCUUAGGCAAAGGAAUGGCUCUUUAAGUUGUCUCAUAAAUGAUCCUGAAAUGAGCCAUUGUGACCUAGUUUAUAUUAGAAAAUCAAUAACAGAAUGUCAGCCUCAAUCUCGUAAUCGACUGCAUCCACGACAAAAUGCCCGGAAGAGCACAAGAGGGCACAGAUAUGUGGAGGAGUACUUGGAACUAAAAACCGUCCGUACCUUAGCUCGUAAACCUAUAGGUGAUUGCAGUGGGAAUUGUCCAGCUCUUAUGCCAGACAUGCACACCUCACUGACUCCAAAGCAGGUAUUUUCUAAGUCUGGCAGUGUUCCUCUUGUAAACACACCUUUUGCAGGCGACUGCAUGAAAAAUGUUAUUCCAAAAUUACCAUCGGAGCAGAUAGUGGAGAAUGAAAUGCCAGGAGAUGUCGUAAAAGUAACUAGUCUGGGUCUGAUGGUUGAAACCAGUCUAAUGGGGAAAAUUGAAAGCAGUGGCCAACUUUUCAGUGAACCGUCAGGUAAACAGAGUGAAUUAACCAUGCAACUAGAUUUGAUCUCAGAAGCUCCCAGUUGUACUCUGAAUGCAGUAGUGCAAGAAAAACGCAUGGACAUGGUAGAAGAAACCACCGAAACAACAGAACUCACUGUACAGAAAGACGGAUGUGACUCCCAAAUUGGGCCCAUGCCAGAAGAGGUGGCAUGUGGUUCAGAAAGAAAGGCUGAGUGUGAGAAUAAAUCUUUGGAGCCAUCACUGAGCCAUGUGUCCCCUAACAUGGCCAAAGAGUGCUCUGCUGAUGAAGUCGACAUGGAACCGAGAAAUGAGAGAGAAAUAAAAAAACCCACAGAAGCCGAGACUGCAGCAGAUGUCCAGGAACAAUCAGAGGCAUCAGAAAUAAAGGCAAACACUGAGGAGGAUAGAGGUGCUCAGGAGCAAGUUUUGCAUGACACUGAAAGUAAUCUCCAAACAGUGAACUCUUCUGAACUACCAGUGAAGUAUCAAGGGGAUUCAGCGGUGUCCAGCCUUACUGAAGUCUCACCUGUACAAACGCUUGCCAAUUGUAAAGAGAAAGAAUCGAAUCUGCAUACUUCAAAAGUUUUGAAUGCAAAACAUGCAGUGUCCUCAGACAGAUGCUUGCGUAAUAGAAGUAAAGGCAGUGUUGACGUAAUGAAAGACUCCAUGAAGUGUGGUGCUUCUGAACUUGUUGAUCAUGCCAAUGAUAAAAGCCCAAAGACUAAUUCUUCUGAAACAAAUGUGCAUACUGAGCAGGAGCCUGAUUUGAAAGUUGUUGACAUUCUUGAAACAACACAGGAGCUCCCGGCUGCUAAACCUUGUAACGGUCUGGUUGUGGAUCAUACAGUCAAAACAAGACCAAAAUCAAGAACCGCAACAGCUGUUGGUAGAGAUGAGCAUCCGAGUUCAGGUGUCAAAGUGAAUAAUGAUUUGCCAAGUGUUUUGUCACCUGAGGUUCUUCCAGAGACUGUAAGCACCACCUCCUCCACUACAGAGAGUGGAAAACACCACAAACAGAACAAUCAAGCCUCUGAAAGCACUGAAAAAAUGUCACUUAGAAAUAAAAGUAGUCCUGUUGAGCUGUCUGUUAGCGAACCCUGUUCACCCAUCAAAAAGUCCCCACCAAGUUCUGAAAAUAUGCUUUUGAGAAGCAGAAGUAACACUGAAGCACCAAGUAGCAAGUCGAUCAGUCCGACAGAAGGCCAUUCAGAGAAGCAAGGGCAGAUGCAUUUAAGAAGCAGCAGCUCUAUUAGUGAGCAGGCAGCUAAUAGAGAAGUGUGUACAUCUUCCGAGACAGUAACGUAUAUGCCUCUACGAAGUAGCACUAUUAGCUCUAAACCGACUGUUACUAAAGAUUCUCCUGUUAAAAGUUCCAUUAAAAGGUUCGGUGAACAACCUGUCAAUUCACACUCCAGUGCUACCUGUAGAAAAACCGAGGCCAAUGGGCACAUGCCCUUAAGGAGCAGUGCCAGUUUAAUUGCAGAACCCGCAACAACAACCCGCAACAACAAAUCUGCUGUCGUAGAUACAUCAGAGAGCCCUGGACACAUGUCGUUGAGAGGAGGGAAUGUGUCUAAUACUGAAAAGUCAUGUGGCUCAACAACAACUCCAAAUAGAAAUAAACAUCCUCUGAAACAACAAAGGGUUUCAGCAUCCUCAAGUGGGGAAGCUGAAGAGAGCCCCUUGAGUUCAAAAGUUAAAAUCCCAAAUCAGAAGCAUAUGGAGGCCCAAAUAAGAGGCUCAUCGAGUUUACCAGAUGAAGCCUUCCGCCUAGCUAGUCUUCAGACAACUGAACCUAUUGUUUGCAGUCCCCCCAAAUUUUUGGAGGCGCUAAGGGGGGAAGAACACCAGCAGUUAAUUUCAAAUUUGAAUGCAAAGUUUGAUAAAAUGCACAAAAGUUGGGUUCCAAUGGACAAGGAGGGUCAGCCUGCACCAAAACCCAAAAACAAGGCAGACAGGCUUAAAGAAAUAUGGAAAAGCAAACGCAGAGUACGAAAGUCAAGGCCAUUGGAACAACAAAAGCUAUCCGCUGUGCAAAUGCUAUUUAUGAAGCCCUUUGAUUUGCCCAGUAUCUGCAGGUGGUUCCUGCAGUCAACUGAAACAAAAUCACUUGUAAUUGUUAAGAAAGUGAACACCAGACUUCCUUCUGAAACACAGUUGUGUUUUCACACUUCGGCAGCAGGAGCAGGGUCCUCUCAUGGGAUAUUUCCCAGCCUCCAGGCCGAACGGUUGAAGAAGCACCUGAAAAAGUUUGCUAUUGCAUCUCCGGUGAAAAACAACCCCAAGAAUCAAAGGCUACUCUCCAAAGCUUUAGGUCAGGGUAUUUCUGCGAUGAGGAGUAAAGAAAAGCAUGAACCGACAUCUGCCACACGGAUCUGUACAAAGGCACAGAGUCUUGCUGGAGUGACGCCGGCACAGGCUCCAGAGAGCCUUGCCCCGACCGCAGGCAGUGCGAAAAAUCCAGCGAGUGCUAGAAUUCUUCGGAAAUAUUCCAACAUGCGUGAGAAGCUUCAGGUUCAGCAAAACAAGAAACGCAAAGAGAAAACUUUCAAAGGUGCUCAUCUCAAGUCGGCAAGAAUUCCAAAGAAAUCCAACAAACAAAAACUGCCAACAUGUAAAGGGUCGAAGUCUGUGGUUCAGAGGAUCUCAUCUCUGACCAAGACAGCAAAAACAAACUCUGCCCUCAAACAAAGGGCGUUGAAAAGGAACCCGUGUCACAAAGACAAUGCCUCUCCAAAGAGGUUGAAGGCACUCACAAAAAUGACAAAAGGCAUCGGCGAGAAUGCCUCCGCAAACACCUCGAGUAAAAAACAGAUACUGAUCAAAACUGGAACUGAUAAGGCACAGCAAAUAAAAGCAAGUGGGACUAAAGUUGACACAAAGAAACUGGUGUUUCAAAAAGGCCCUAAUAAUUUAGAAUCACGAUCUUUAGAUGUGGACAUUAAACCUCUGAUGUUGGAAGACCAAGUGUUAACUAGGUCUCAAAGAAAGAUGGAAGGCACCACUUCACAGACUGCCUCUCCCAAAUCCUCCACAAAGCGAGGCUUGGAACCUCUGGUCACUCCCACAAAACGUACUAGGACUUCAAAACCAUGAACAAUGUGUACUAGUACUAGAACCUCAUGUAGAAAUGUUUCGUAAGAACAAGGGGUGCUGAUGCUUUCAAAAAAAAAAAAAAAGAUUUUUGAAGCUAUUUUUUUAAGCGUGGCAGUACAUUUUCGGAGCUUUGAAAUUAUUGUCAUCUGAGAGAGAUUUGUCAUUGUUAGGUAGUUCAGGCAAAGACAUUUCACAGAGUUAUUUCUUUUCGGUGUCAAACAUGUUCCAAUUAUGCUUUAACAAAAUCUAUUUGUUUAUGAAAAAAAGACUUUUUGUUGUUGAUAGAGCCAUUAAUGUAAAAUUCAAUAAAGGUUCUGAUUCCCUUGGGGAAUUUUAAAUGAGUUAUAAACAGGGCUGUCAAACUCAAAUCCUGAAGGGCCGGAGUUUUCAAAUAAGCCCGAAGGACUUGAUUAGUUGGAUCCGGUGUGUUUAAUUAGGGUUUAAUCAAAACUCUCCAGGGCUCCGGCUCUCCAGGAAUUGAGUUUAAUACCCCUGGGUCAUAAAUAACCCAACAACUCACUUGUUUGUUUGACCGUUAUGUUGAAUAGCUUAUUAUUUACAACAGCUUGAACUAUUAAACCAGAUAUUAUUUAAGGAAUGAUUCUAAACAAUUAAUAAUUUUAGCUAAUUAAAAGUGGCUUUGUAACCUGAAUAAUGUGCCUUUUUCUUAUCUGUAUUUAUAAGUGAUUGAGGUUGCCUCAAGAAAUAAAGCCUCAUUCUUUUUGCACAUAGAUGAGAAAUUUGCCCCAAACUACUUCUUUAUAAGAUCACA